GAAAGACAAUUCCUCCGGACAUACCAUACAAGUGGGAGGUAAUAAGAAAAAGUUGCGGCGAGGCAAUUUCAUAUCAAAGCUCAGUCACGAAUUUUCCGCGCUGGUAAGGGAUGAGAAUUUCCACGAUCUUGUCAAACAAACGGAGGAUCUCAAACGAGUCCUGGAAUACAUGUGGUGCCCAACACGGCCACUGGAAAAUGUGGGACAAUAUGCUAUUGCCAAACACGCAUCGAUUCACUACAUACUCUCCACACAUGCGAUUUUGCCUUCAUCUGAGUGUUUUACACCGGAAGAUAUUCAGCGUAUCAUGCAUUUGCCAACGGAAUGGAUUGGUGCGCUACCCAGGCAGGAGGAUACUCGAUGCAUCACGAAAUUUAUUUCCCGGUUCGCAGAUCUGUUUGCGGAAAAAACCGGACUGAUCAGUGAGGCCGAAGAUCCUCUGGAUAGGCAUGCAAGGAAAUGUGGUCAACGCGUAUUUAUGGAUAUCAUACGUUACGCUUCAACUGGGGCAUUGCCUGUCAAGCCACCAAGAAAAGUUCGUCAGACUGCAAACGUGGAUGAAAAAAGUGUGAAUACAGCUGACAGUAUCAACGGACUGGAAAGCUAUCCACCACUCGACUGGAAUGACCAGCUGUUGCGUACUAACGUUAAAAUAUACGAUAUGCCAGAAUGUGGAAAGACACCUCGCACGUACAUGUUUUCACGGCGUAAAGUGAACAAUCCGUGUUUUAUCCAAGAGCACCGCUCAUUGAUUGCCGUAAAUGAAGCCAGUGUCAUGCGAGAAGUUGCCCAAACUCUUACAAGCCUGGAGAGUGAAAAGCAUAAGUUUGACAAUAAAGUGGACCAAUACAGCAAGUCACACAGCCUCCGACGGGCCAUUUGUACAAUCCAAUGUCCAGGAUUGCUUGGCAGACCAGAGAAGCCCAGGCAUGUCUCGAUCAUAGACCAACUGGAAAAGGAGAAAAAACAAUUUGAUGCCAUUGUGGAAAAUCUCCCUCAUCGUUUACACGACAUUGCAAAGCUGCGGGCAAUUAGCAGCAGGGUAAUGACUGCUCAACUACCGGAAAACUAUUUAGCGGACUGGAUUAUCGACCCGACGGAUCGGGUAGACCAUAGGCAGGCUGCGCUGCUCUGGAAUCCCAAUCGUCGCAUUUACGUAGAAAAUGAAUUUCGCGAACAGCACAAUUCACCAAAACACAUACGGGCUAUGGAUGAAACACGAUUGGACAGGGAAUCAAGUCACUCAAAACACAGUGCGUUCAAUUCAUCUUAUGGCUUAGAUCCUCAAAAAAGAUUCAGCAGGAUGUCCCAAAUGCCCACGAAGUUGUCGUCAGCAAGGUGGUCGGUGGCAAAGUCCGCUGCAGGACCGCUGCACGCUGGACAGCAUGGGUCCAAUGGUCUGGAUAACACGUAUGCGAACAAUGCAAACUCAGGAUUAAAACUGCCGCCAAUCGCAAAAGGGCACAGAUACUUUCCAGAACGGAAGCCAGGGAAAUGAAAAAAGCUGCCUCUUCAGGAGUGUUCCAGCAGCAAACGGAAGUCCGGUUUACCAUUUGUUACGGUCAAGGCAAAUUUACCUGCAUUUGCACUUAAAAAUGACCAACAAAGCGUUCAGAAUGGUCGAAAUUCGAGUCGUACUGUUCUAAAUUUUAUCCAGAAGCAACUUCGGAAAU